CGGAGCGACAAAAAGGUGGGGGGUUUUCCCCCCCAAAUCAGUACGUUGCACAAGGGUGUGUGCCAGGAUUUGCAGAUCCUGCAGGUUUGCUGGCAUUUUUUCCGCCAAACCUCCCAUUUGCUCCUGUUAUUUCCAAGCCAGUCAGACCUCCUUGCUGCUUCUUUCCUUUUGGGCUGAGCUGGCUUCUAACCUGUUGCUUUUAUCUCUGGCCAAGGCCCUAGGACAGCUUCCCUCCAGGAGAAAUGGAAUGUUAUGUCCCCAUGGUGCAGCUCGGGGGGAAUUUUUGGGGAGCACUGCAAGGUUUCAGCCCUGCAGUGGAGUCUGAGGCUGCUCAGGAUUCAGUGCCUUUGGCUCAAACCCUGAUUUCCACUUUUUUUUUUUUUUUUUUUUUUUACCAUCUGGACAUAAAGCAAGGAGACCUCUGGGCUUGGAGAUGCUCUGUUUGCCUUGGGAUUAAAAAAAAGGGGUAAAAUAACACCAUGUUCCCCCACUUCUAGUCUGCUUGGGGAAGAAAAUCAGAGUGGGGUGUCGCAGGGAACAGGAAGCCAUUUCCCAGCAGCUUCCCAGAUUUUCUGCAGUUUGAGUGAAGCAAAUACAACCUUAAAAUAGCAGCUUCACAGGCAGACAGCACCAGCCUCACUCUCUCACUGCCGCGGCCUCGACAGCCUUGUAGGAUUUUGCAGCCAAAAUAAUAAAAAAUGCAUGAAUUUGUCUGUUUUUCAGCUUUUCUGAUGCAAACAUGGGAUGUAUGGUUUGCUCCCAGUGCAAGGAUGGUUUUGGGGAGAUCACAAUUAGGGAAUUAGUGCUGAUGAGGGAGAUUCCUAUCCAUGCUAGCCUCAUCUUUCAUAAUUCCUAUUCUUGCCCUCAUUGACUCGAGGCAAGGACUGUGUUUACUUGCUUGGUGUUUACAUUGAGAGGGCAGGUGUGAACCCACCCUGAAAGCUUCUUUAUUUACAAAUCCCACAUUAUUGGGGUCAGGGGGGGCUGUGAUGUCCCUCUACACUGGUUUGAUCCCACAAGUUGCCCUAGGACUGGUUUUCCUUUUUCUCCCAGAUUUUGGGGGGCAAGGGAGACUCUGCACCACAUUGUAUAUAGGGCAAAACAGCCUGGAUUUACACUUGAAAGCUGAGAGAAAGAGUUGUGGGCUGGUUCAGGCUGCCAAUGCCUCCUCUCACUCACUGCCCUGGCAAGUAGGGAACUGUCAUCACUGGGUGCAGAGGGAACAAGCACCCUGGCAGCGUGUGGGAGGUGGGUUUCCUGGUUAUCCCUUGGACAAUACAGAUCUCAGCAUCCCAGAUUUGGUUUCUUGGGGUACCUGUGGUGGUCUCACUGCCCCAUACUCUGUUUCAGCUCCCAGAGUUUCAGCCCCAUCAGAAGCCACUCCCAAUUUGGAUGCUGCUUCCCAGCCUGUUGUGGCUCCUCAGCAGUGACCCAGCAGCAAGAUUUGAUGGCAAAACCAGCAGGAAGGAUUUAAGGACAUUUUCCUGUGGAGCCACAGAACCAGUUUUGAACUGAGGAGGAAAAAACCUCCGGGAUGGUGGCGGAAAACUGUUCUGCCAGGACAGAGAAAGGAGGAAGUAAGCAAUGAAAACAGGAGAAAUUGGACAAAAUGAGGCAGCAGGCAGGGAGAGGAUGUGGGAAUCCCUGGACACGGUGCUUUGGGGCCAGGACUGCCCCUGAGGAUGCUUCCCAGAGUUCAGCUGCGUGCCGGGGCGUUAUCCCGGCGUCCCGGCCAGCCUAUUUUCCAGGCGAGGAAAUAUUUAACUGCGGCGUCAGCGGGCAGGGCAGGCAGCUGCAGGAAUGGAGAGAAGCGGGCAGCGCUCGUUCCCUGCUGUCCCCCCGGGCCAGCCUCAGGGUGACCAUCUGCAGCUCCUGCUGCGCCGCAGCCAGGAGGCCAAAAGCUGCGCCUAUUGCCCCUACAGCCGGUUCCCGGUGGGAGCUGCCCUGCUCACCGCCGGUGGGGAGAUCUUCUCGGGGUGCAACGUGGAGAACGCCUGCUACAGCCUGGGGAUGUGCGCCGAGCGCGGUGUCAUCCAAAAAGCCAUCUCUGAGGGGCACACCAGCUUCAAGGCCAUGGCCAUCGCCAGUGACAUGAGGGACCAGUUCAUCACACCCUGUGGCGCCUGCAGACAAGUGAUGAGAGAGUUUGGCACAGACUGGUAUGUCUACCUGACCAAAGCAGAUGGCACCUACAUUGUCAAGAGGCUGGAGGAGCUGCUGCCACUCUCCUUUGGCCCUGAGGACCUGAAUAAGGUCUGAGCAGCGUGGCCACCAUCAGCAUUUGCUCUUAGGCACAGGAGACAAUGAUUUUCCCUGAUUUUCUCAGCCUGUAAGCAACUUUUUGGGAGCAACACAGUGGGAAAUUUGUUUAUACUGUUAAGUUGCCCGUUCCUCUGUCUCAUCUUCUAAUUCAGUGUUGAUUUGCAGACUCCAGCUCCACCUUGCCCCAAGGAAAUGGCAAAAUCAAAUCAUAGAAAUUCCCUGUUAUUAGUAAAAAAAGCGUCCAGACAUCCCUGUAGGCAAGGGAGGACAUGGGUUUGAUGCAGAACUCAAACAGGCUUGGGUACAGAAACCACUCCUGAAUAAUGCAAAAUCAUUGCUUGGGAAAGUGCUGGAUCCUUCAGCUCUAAAAAGAAGUGAAAGCAAGAGGGAAAAGGUCCAUCAGCCCCAGAAGCAGUUAGUGAGCCAAUCCAGAUUAGGUGAAUUGCUGGAACAGGGUGGUUAUUGCACUGACCGUGUCCUUUGCUCCUUUCUUCCCAGCUUGUUUUCCUAUCUUUUAUUCUGUUUGGGGUGAACAAGAGGACAAGGACUUUUUGGGGUGUUCUGGAGGGGUUUGUGCCUCCAGGGUAAUGCCAUUUGUUGAUUGUAUAUUGAUUUAUAAUGCAAUGACAAAUUAAUUCAUUACAUUUCCCAACCUGCACUGGGUUGAGCAUUUCUGCCAUGCCUAAGUGAAAUAAAAACAGUUCUGGUUUA